CGGAGCCUUUCCGUGUCCGGUAGUGGUUGUAAAACAUUUAGUAGCGUUGUGUAGAGUGGAAAGGACAGGAACGAACAAACGCUCAGAAGGAUCAGAUCUCUCAACACGAUGACAUUGGCAGAAGUACUCCAGGUGUUGAGGGGGGCUGGCAAAGUGGGCACUGCUUUUGCCACCACUCAGGGUGAACAGCUCAGAUUGAUGGCCUGCAACUCGACCUUUGGUGCAGGGGUCAAAGCCGCCCAGCAAACAGUCGAGGGUGUGAUGGGCACUGUGAUGGGAGGAGACGUGUUACCCAAGACUGAGGAGUUUCCUGACAUUGAGAAAUGGGAGGAGAUGGAACUGGAGGAAGCAGCAAAGUGGGCAGUGGGCUCUGAACUUCCCCCAGACUUUUCCAGCAUCGAUGAAAGUAAUGUUGCAGGGAUGUCAGAGAUGCCUGCUGGUGCAUCAAAUGGCACGGUCAAAAGAGCGGUAUGGCCUGGUCAGAGCACUCGGUUUUUGCAUGUAUCAGUCCCUUUUCAACACAAUAGGCUUGUUCACGAUUCUGUGGUGGCCAGGCUAAGUCCCGAGGACAUUAAAAAGGCAAGGGAGGCGAAACGGAUCAUUGCCAGACCUGUUCGACAGAAGCUUAGUGAGAGAGCCAAAGAACAGAAGGUUCCCGCUACACGGAUUAGUCGCCUUGUCAAUUUUGGAGGAUUAGCUGUUGGACUUGGCAUGGGAGCCAUUGCUGAAGUGGCAAAACAGUCUUUUGGAGGAAAACGCUCAGAUAUGGGGGCUCUUUUAGACUCUCCAUUUCUGUCUGAGGCUAAUGCAGAGAGAAUAGUGAACACCUUGUGUAAGGUUAGAGGAGCGGCUCUCAAGAUUGGACAGAUGCUAAGUAUUCAGGAUAAUGCAUUCAUUAGCCCACAACUGCAGAAAAUAUUUGAGAGGGUUCGACAAAGUGCAGACUUCAUGCCAGCCUGGCAAAUGCAUAAAGUCCUUCAGGAGGAGUUAGGAUCUGGAUGGAAAGAGAAGCUGUCAUCAUUUGAGGAGAAGCCUUUUGCUGCUGCCUCCAUUGGCCAAGUGCAUCACGGAGUUCUGCUGGAUGGACGGGAAGUUGCUAUGAAGAUACAGUAUCCUGGUGUUGCUGAAAGCAUCCAUAGUGACAUCAACAAUCUCAUUUCUGUUCUGAAGAUGAGUGUGAUGCUACCUGAUGGUUUAUUUGCUGACAGUAGUCUCGAGGUUCUGCAGAGGGAGCUUGCAUGGGAGUGUGACUACAAGAGAGAGGCAGAGUGUGCAAAACGCUUUAGGUCCAUGCUUAAAGGAGAUCCAGUCUUUGAAGUCCCUGAGGUCUUUGAUGAGCUGUCAUGUCGUCGGGUGAUUUCCAUGGAACUAGUUAAUGGAGUUCCAUUGGACCGAUGUGUUGAUUUGGAUGAGGAAACUAGAAAUGAGAUAUGUUAUAACAUCCUGCAGUUGUGCCUGAGAGAGCUGUUUGAAUUCCGCUUCAUGCAGACAGAUCCUAACUGGGCCAACUUCUUCUAUAAUAGUGAACAGAACAAGAUAUUUCUGUUGGACUUUGGAGCCUGUCGAGAUUAUGCAGAAUCAUUCACUGAUGACUAUAUAGAGGUGGUUCAUGCAGCCUCAGUUGGAGACAGAGCUACUGUCCUGCAGAAAUCUAAGGACCUGAAGUUCCUUACUGGUUUUGAAGCCAAGGCGUUCGAAGAUGCACAUGUGGAGGCGGUUAUGAUCCUUGGCGAGGCAUUUGCUUCAGACGAGGUGUUUGACUUUGGCACUCAGAGUACCACGCAGCGCAUCCAGAACCUGAUCCCCGUCAUGCUUCAACACCGUCUCACCCCCCCUCCAGAGGAGUCUUACUCUUUACACCGCAAAAUGGCUGGCUCAUUCCUCAUAUGUUCCAAGCUAAAGGCCCGCAUUUCUUGCCGAAACAUGUUUCUUGAUAUUUACAAUGCUUACAAACAACGGCGACAGGAAAAGGGCAUUCAGGCCUAAGACUUACAAAAAUGCAUGUUGAGUUUGGACUAUAAAGUGCCAUGUUAAAGUGGAAGGCAACUCGAUAGUACCAUGUCUUGGUGCGUACGUUAAUGGGACUGCUCUCGGGAACUCUGUAGUGGUGCGGUGUACUGAAUGGUCUUCACUGCUUUACCUCCAAGGACUCGCAUACUUUGUGUGUAUUAUUACAGUGAUAUUAUUGUGCGGUUUAUGUGUGAAAAUAUAUUCACUGAAGAAGUUUAAAUUAAGAUGUUGGAUUAUAAACGACUGGUUGCCAGAGGUUUAUAUGUAUACCUUUGGUAUGCCCUGAAAUGUUUCAUACUACAGUUGUGCUGGACUGUCUAAUGUGCCCAUCAAUUAAAAAGAAAUUAUUUCGGUCAUUUGGUUUGUCAAACAGGAAACACUUAGAACACACAAACUAUUUACAUAUUCUGAAGCCAGUCACUACAGUGAUCGGUGCCCAGCUUUUAAAAUUGUGACAUUGCUUACAGCGAAUACAGCAAUUUUGCUCCAGUGGAGAAUUGCAUCUCAAAAUUUGUCCUUGUGAUUGUGUGAUACAAAUCUAACAAGAGAAUUAAAUGGGAUAUUAGAAUUAGCAAAGUGUCAUUUUCAAGGCAUAUGUCAUUGCUGCUUACUGCAUUAGCAGUUAGCUUAUACUGGUAUAAGCAUUAUACAUUCGUAAUAACUACAUUUAUUCAUGAAUUUGUAAUAAAUAAAGCUUAGAAAAUUUGAAGCUGUUGAAGGUAUAAAAUUUGGUGUACAUAUACUGCAUUAAAAGCAAAACAUGUAUGACUUUAUCAUAACAAUAAACAAGACAUAAGCUUUUAUUCUAACAGCAGCUAUACAAACAAUAACAUCCCAAGUUUUUGGGGAUAUGUAUGUAUAUGUAUAGCAUAAUGGACGGUAUUCUUUAAAGUAUCUUGGAGUUCCACAUAAAUGUCAUGAUAUAAAAUAUAUUACAUUCCAAAAUACCAUGUUAUACCUUCUGUUAUCAUAACUACGGUGUUACUGCCACAAUAUAUUUUGUAAAGAUGAUAGCACCUGCUUAAAGUGGUCAUGACAUGCCUUUUUUUUAUUAUUUUAAUAUGUUCCUUGAGGUUCACUUAUAAUCUUAGUUAAGUUUUUUUUUCCUCCACAAAAACAGUCAUGCUGUUAAUUUGUAAAACAUGAUGAUUGUCCACCCUCAUUCUGACCCUUUGUCAGAAACGCUUCACCGCAUCUGCUUUAUAACGUGUGAGUAAGAGCAGCCGGUGGACUUUCUGGUGCCCCCCUAGGGAGUUGGUGCCCUACGCAGACUGCGUAGUCUGCUUAUUGGGAGCGGCGGUACUGCUCAUUAAAGCUGCGUUCACACUGCUAGCUACAUUGUCUCUGCAUGUUGCCAGUGGCUGCAGGUUAGGCCGCUAGUGGUGUGUAUGGAGAGUCUAAACAGCACUGUUUCUUUACAAUUUAAAAUAUUAGGAUCACGUGAGCUCUAACAUCUCUCAUAUUGGCUGUCGCUCCCAAAAGUCGCUCUUCAUUUGCAUAAAGUAAAAAAAUUCUCAACUUUGUCGCAUCGCUGGACACGCCCACAUCCGGUCGCCAAAUGUCACUGUUGCUCGUGUUGCUGGAAGUCGGCAGCUCUCAUUGAAAAUGAAUGAGAUGAGGUCGUUUUGUCGCUGCUUGUAGCUGGCUAUGUGAACGCAGCUUAUCAGCUACUUUGUUGCUGUAUGUCGCUAGUGGUGUGUAUAGAGAGUCUAAACAGCACUAUUUCUUUACAAUUAAUUAUAUUAAUAAAGUCACUCUACAUUUGCAUAAAGUUAAACAUUUCUCAACUUUGUCCUAUCGCUAGACACGCCCACAUCUGGUCGGUAACGGUCACCGUCGCUCGUGUUGCCGGAAGUCGCCAGCUCUCAUUAAUAAUUAAUGAGAUUGAGGUAGUUUUUUCGCUGCAUGUAGCUGGCAGUGUGAAUGCAGCUUAACAUCUCACUGCUCAACACUACUGGGCAGGCUAUGGUAGGUGAUAAUGUAAAGUAGGCAGAUGUGUUGUGGAUGAGGUCAGAUGCAAGUGUGUACCUCAGUGUGACAUCACAAUGUGGAGGAAGUAAUGAACGAGUAGUUUUUGGCAGCUUGAUUUCAACAAAUGCUCUUUUUUUCCAGUGAGAAGUUUUGAGUUCUGAAACCUCUUAUAUGUUAAAAGAUUAAAAAAAAAAAAAAAAAAAAAAAAUGGAUUGGAUUGGAUUGGAUGGAUGGCCCAUUUAAAGUAUUCAUGUUUCCUGAACAAAUACUUUUUUUAAUUUACUGUUUUCAGUUGUUGACCAUAUAUUUAUUUGCGAAAUUACAAUUUGUUUGUAGUCCAAUCCUCAACACAUUACCUGACUGUGAGCACCAUCUCGUUAAAUAAAUAAAUUAUAUUUUAAAGGUGCACUCAGUAUUUUGUUCCUUAUUAAAAAAUAAAAUAAAUAAAUUGUCAUUUUGAAACAUGUAUAAAAUCAUGAGCACUCACAUGAGAUGAAGACUCAAGUCAUAUCAGUAACCUUAAAUGCUGAUCUAUUUUACAGGGUCCCCACAUGGGGGCUGCCAUGUUAUGAUCACAUGACCAGCCGAAUACUACUUGCUUAAUAUCAGUAACCGCCUUAUUAUUAGAUGCUUUUAUAAUCAAUCAUUGCUGAAUAUGUAUAGUGAAUUUCUUCAAUCAGUGUAAUGGAAUUGGUUACUGAAAACCUUUGCAUUUAAAUGAUGUUGCAUGAACACCCUUAAGUCCAAGAUGACAUGGGAAAAAUAUUACUGAGUGCAUCUUUAAUAGCAGUAAUACUAUCUUUGAAAAUGCAAGAAAAAUACAAGAAACACGCGUUUUCACCUCUAGGUAUUUUGUGGUUUCUGUAUGGGAUGAAAUUAGACUCAAAAUGUUAAACAAAUGCAUGCAUACUUCAAUUUAAUAAAUGUUGCAAAUGUAUCUUACAAUCCACAGACAAAUGCCUUUCAAUUUUUGUCUGUGAAAAAUGAAUGAAAAUCAAUGUGCAUUUGUUGAUAAAGUGAUGCAUGCAUUCAUUGAUAUCUACCUGUUUGGUUCAUUUGAAUUUUGAGACUUUUGUUUAGCUGUUUUUACCAUGAUUGAAUCACACACAAAUGACUACCAAUUGAU